GUAAUAUAACGAAAGUAAAAAAUUAAAUUAAACGCGUAAACGCUGACGAAAUAAAUUUCUGCACUCUCCUGUUAAAUAUCUUCUUCUUCUUCUUCUCUCUCACCCAUCUCAGGAUUCCACAAGAUCUCCUCUCCCCUCCUUUCUUCUUACUCUCGCCGGAGAACUUUCCCGUUCCUCUCUCUGUGUUUCUUCCUUCGAUUCGUCUCCCACUGUGUAUGGCAGAUAGUUUCUUGGCCCGUGAGGUAUCCGACCUAUGCCUGGGCAAGCCUGCUCUGAGGUCCCUCGCCGUCUCCGCCACCGUCGCCGACGCUCUGUCCGCUCUCCGCCGCUUCGGUGACUCCUCCUCUCCUCUCAGCGUGUGGAGCUGCAACCACCGCUCUCAGGGAAAACCCCUCGAUGUAGACGGCGAAUGCCUGUGCGUCGGGAAGGUCUGUAUGGUCGACGUCAUCUGCUUCCUCGCUAGAGAAGAGAAUUUAAAAAAUCCGGCCGUCGCGCUUCAGAAACCUCUCUCACUUCUCCUCCACGGCGUCCCCGCCGGCGUCGUCCGCCACUUGGAGCCGCACGCCAGUUUGUUGGAGGCCGUAGAUCUGAUCGCGGAAGGAGCGCAGAAUCUGGUGAUUCCGAUCCACAGCCAUUUCCCGUCGAGGAAGAAGCUGAUUCAGAGGAGCUGCCCCAAUUCCACCCUCCACGACGGCCGCGAGUUCUGCUGGCUGACGCAGGAGGACAUAAUCCGUUACCUCCUCAACUGCAUCGGCAUCUUCUCCCCCCUCCCGAAUCGAACCGUCGAAUCGCUCGGCAUCGUCGACAAGGAAUCGAUCCUGGCCGUUCACUACGACGACCCGGCGUCAUCCGCCCUGCCCUUGAUCUCCCAAUCUCUAAUCAAGCAGACAUCCGUGGCGAUUCUGGACUCGGAAGGGAGGCUGGUGGGGGAAAUCUCUCCCGCAGCGUUGAAUUGCUGCGACGAGUCCGCGGCCGCCGCCGUUGCGACGCUGUCGGCGGGGGAUCUGAUGACGUACAUAGACUGCUUCGGUGACAUGCCGGAGGAGCUGGUGAAGAUGGUGAAGGAGAGGCUGGCGGCGAAGAAUUUGGAGGCCGCGGUGGAGUUGGUGGUUGCGGCGGCAGGAGAUGACGACGAUUCCGACUCCUCCACGGCGAUCUCGUCGUCUUCCUCCGACGAGGAGUGCGGAGGAGGAGGAGGGAGGAGGAGGCAUUCGCCGAGAGUGGUGAGGAGCACGGAGGACAUAAUGUGCCAUCCGUGGAGCUCGUUGGUGGCGGUGAUGAUCCAGAUGCUGUCUCACCGGUCGGCGUACAUUUGGGUCGUGGAAGAGGACGGGAUGUUGGUCGGCGUCGUUACCUACGCCGCUAUGAUGGAAGUUUUCCGGGAACAUUUGUAACCAGUUGCUUAGCAAUUUCUCCUCCUCCUCCUCCUUCCCCACUUCUCUAUGUUUAGGUGAAGUGUUAAUUUCUUACGUUUCUUUCUUCCCCCUUCUGUUGUAGAAUGGAAUUGGGUGUUUGGCUUCUCUCUUCGUCGUCUCUGUAGCUGCUUUGUGGGUGAUCUUGGUCGAUUUCGAAUGUGAAACGUUAACCACAAAGUUCACGAAGUAGAAAACAAGAAUGUCGAUUCAUUUAACAGUGAUAUUUUCAACGAGAUAUGUGUGUCUAGGAUUAAACAAGAAAAGUAGUGAAAGCAGGGAUGUGGACAUUUGUCUCACAGUGGGGUGGAGGGUUGUACUGUAGACAAUUAUGAUCCAAAUCCAUGAAUUCAAUUUAAUCAAUUCACCAAAUUAUCU